AUGAAUGCCUCACUUGAUCCAAAGUUGGAUUCUAAUGAAAAGAAGGGUGAAGAUAAGGAAGUUGAAAAUAAAAGCGUCCCAGAGAACGGAAAGGAAAGUGAAAGUAAGCAAAAUAAGUCGAAUGCAUCAGCUUAUAAUUCUCCAAACCCACCUCCAAUGCCAAAACGACCAAUGUCUUCAACAGAAAAAGCAAUUCAUGAACUCAAGGAAGCAUUUCCGAAUGUCGAAGAAAAGUUUGUGAAAAUGGCACUAAUUGCAUCAGAAGGACGAAUGGAUCCUGCUUUCAAUGCUCUGCUCUUCAUAUCUGAUCCUACCAGUGGUGUCCAGGUUCCAUCACCACGUUCCAAUUCUCGUGCCGGUAAUUCACAUGGUGCAGCUUUUGAUGAUUCUACCAGAAGACAACUGGAAUCAGAUGAAGCUCUUGCCAAGAGGUUGGCCAGGCAAUAUGAGCGGGGAAGCAGUAGAAGAGCAUCAGAAAAAAGUGGAAGACGUCAAUCUCAUGGUUAUGACAAGGAUGGCAGUACUCCUACCUGGGCUAAGGAUGGUGAUAGUGAUCGUGACGAGCUGGAUGACAUAUAUGAUUCUAUUAGCAAGAAUGUUGAGAAUGUUAGGACGAAGUUUGGCAGUUGGGUCGGCGGCUUGGCAAAGAAGAUAACUCCUGAUGAAGAACAGAAGCAGCAGUCAGAGACUUCGCACUUACCACGUAGAAGAAAGCAACAACUUUUUAGUGCCUUUGGCGCUGAUGAUACAAAAUCUGCCAAAGCAAAUGCACCUCCAGUUCCUCCUAAGGAUGACUUAGGGGACAGGUUGUCGGAAAAAUUGGCUCCAAUUCAGCUUUCAAACAAUACUGAAAGUAGUGUGAAGCAUGAAGAAUCUAUGCCAAAGGCUGAAGUUUCGUCGACGGAAAAGUUGAAUGCUCAGAGUACUGCAGACCAAACUGUAAAAGCAGCAAAGAAACCAGCAGCUGAAUGGAAGGAUCUUUCUGCUAUGGAUCCGGAGCCUGUGUCCGACGAUAAGUUUAUUGUCGAUGACAGUGAGGAGGAUGAGACACCAAUAAAGAAAAGCUAA